UAGGGUAGACCGACUAAACCGCAAAGGAGGUGGCGUAGUCAUUUACCUCAAGAAAUGCUUAACCGUGCGUAGUAUCGAAGCACUCGCUCACGAAAGUGAGUCGUGCGAACUUCUACGCUGCAGACUUAAAUGCAUAGGCCAAGACAUUGACCUCAUUGCUAUGUACCGCAGUCCUAACUGCAGUGCAGAUGACUUCCUGAUAGAGAAGCUAGGCUCCUGGACCUCGAAAUGUCGAAGUCUCGUAGUUGGCGACUUCAAUGCCCCAACAGUUGACUGGACGAGCCUAACAACUCCAUCCUCAGUCAACUCCUUUGAUUAUAAACUGCUGGAAUCUAGUAUAUCGUUAGCUCUAGUCCAACAUAUCAUCAAGCCCACGCGCUAUGACUCACAGCACUCCUCCUCAACUCUGGACCUAGUGUUCUCCCAUGGUGAGGAUGUAGAUCUCAUACAACAUCUUCCUCCUUUAGGAAGAAGUGACCAUGCUGUGCUCACUUUCAAGUUCACAGCAACGGCAGCAAGGGCCAAAACCCCAUCUCGACCAAACGUUUGGAAAGCUGAUAUAAAUGCAAUCGUCUCAGCAGCCAACUCAGUAAACUGGUACAUCAACCCAGAGUCUCAAGUAGAAGCCGCAUGGAACCAAUUUAAACAACUUUACGCCCAAGUAACUGAACCUUUCAUCCCUUGGUCUGUCCCAAAGGGUCGGAAACACUGCCCUCCUUGGAUAAACCGAGAGAUUCGUAAGUUACUUAGACGUAAACACAAAUGUUGGAACUUGUUUGCCACACUUGAGACUUCUGAGACCAGGCAAUUAUAUAACACUGCUAGAAAUAAAGCUAUUGCAGAAAUCCGCAAAUCAAGGAUGAAAUUCGAAGCACACCUGGCUCAAAAUGCAAAGGCACAACCUAAGAAAAUUUUCUCAUACAUGAACUUCAGGAAUAAAACACCCAAUGGUGUCCCAAACCUGACUAUUGACAAUGAUACAAUCGAAGAAGAUCAAGAAAAAGCAGAAGCAAUGGCAAACUACUUCUCCCAAGUCUUCACUCAGGAGUCGUCACUGCCUACCGGAUCAGCUCUGGCUGCAUCAGAAGAACAUGGGAUAGAUUCCGUUGACAUCGACCAAGGCAUCGUGCUCAACUGCCUAAGGAAACUAGAUGCAGGGAAAUCAAUGGGUCCUGAUAAUCUUCACCCAAGGCUUCUCAAGGAGUUAUCAGCACACAUAGCCGGCCCUUUGACUACGAUCUUCAAGCUUUCUCUCCAAAAUGGAGUGUUACCGCGUGACUGGAAAGACGCCAUAGUAACCCCCAUCCACAAAGGAGGAUCAAGGCAAAGCCCUUCAAAUUACAGGCCUAUCAGUCUCACCAGCACUUUAAUAAAGACACUGGAGAGAAUCAUCAAGAAAAGCAUAAUGGCAUAUCUAGAAAAUAGAAGCUUAUUAUCAAGAGCACAGCAUGGCUUCCGAAGGAACCUCUCAUGCCUGUCAAAUCUUCUCACUGCAAGAGAAAGCUGGGUUAAAUCCAGGGACAACAGAAGACCCGUUGACGUCGUCUUCAUAGACUUCAGCAAAGCCUUUGAUAAAGUACCUCACAAAAGACUACUCAUGAAGUUAGAAAGUCUUGGUAUCAAAGGCAGCUUACUAAACUGGCUCAGGGAAUUCCUCAUAGAUAGGAGGCAGAGGGUUAGGAUCAACUCGAAACUCUCCUCUUGGACAGCAGUACGCAGCGGAGUGCCACAAGGCACGGUACUUGGACCUCUCCUAUUUAUUUUGUAUAUCAAUGAGUUAUCUCUGCUCACCGAUUCCCCUAUGGUCCUAUACGCAGAUGACUUAAAAAUUUGGAGAGAGCUGAAGGGCAACAGUGACACGUCCACGUUGCAAGAGGACCUCAACAAAUUGUCAGAGUGGUCCAUAGAAUGGAUGCUCCCGAUAAACGUGACAAAAUGUGCAACCAUGCGCAUUGGACAAGCAAGCACGAGCUCUUAUGAACUAGAGGGAAUUACACUUCCAUCAGUUCAGACUUACUUGGACUUAGGUGUCAUAGUUAGCCACGACUUAAAAACUACAGCACACUGUCGCGCGGUGGCUGCACGUAGUUUCAGGUCAUUAUGGGCAAUUCGUAGAGCCUUCACUAGAAUCACCAGAGAUAUGUUCACCUCCUUAUAUACAUCCCUGGUGAGGUCAAGACUGGAAAACUGCAUCCAGGCCGCCAGCCCUUGUCUAAAAGGGGACUCACUUAUUCUAGAAAGGGUUCAAAGGAAAGCAACACGUAUGAUUCAUGGCAUGACUAACUUAUCAUACGAGGAAAGACUAGACAGUUUAAAUCUCUUCUCCUUGUCAUACCGUAGGCAGAGAGGAGAUUUAAUCACAAUGUUUAAAAUUUUAAAUAAUGACUACGGACCUGACCUAUUUUCUCUUUUCCUUCCCACCAGGUCGGAACACCUUAGAGGACAUAGCAGGAGAGUUCAAAAGCCAAGAAGAAAUAAUAUUGCUGUUGAGUACUGGUUCUCACACAGAGUCAUAAACUCUUGGAACCGACUCCCAGAAGAAGUGGUGUCUGCAACCUCAGUUGAUUCGUUCAAGAAGGGUUUGGACAACCACAGAAUUUUACUAGAAAAGGAUUAACAUAGGCUCCAAGCCUUCUAUCCUCAAACAAUAAAUCUGAAAUCUGAAAAAUCUGA